UAACAUGGAAGAGCAGACUGGGCUGAGAUUUCCAAACACAGCGAGCAGAGAACAUUAAAGCAGCUCCUAACCUGUGUUUCCGAGCGCGUUUCGUCUGUUUUGUUUUGAAGAAAGUUUUUUUCUGAAGUAAUGAGAAUGUUGGGCAUGUAUGUGCCGGACAGAUUCGUGCUGAAGUCCUCUAAAGUUCAGGACGGGAUGGGGCUAUACACUGCCAGAGCAGUCAAAAAGGGUGAGAAGUUUGGUCCAUUUGCAGGUGAAAAGCGGAUGCUGAGUGACUUGGAUGAAAGCAUGGAUCCACGACUGAUGUGGGAGGUUCGAGGGAAUAAAGGUGACGUGCUGUAUAUCCUAGACGCUAGUAACCCUCGCCAUGCUAACUGGCUUCGCUUUGUUCAUCAGGCCCCUUCACAGGAGCAGAAGAACCUGGCCGCCAUUCAGGAUGGAGAGAAUAUUUUCUAUCUGGCUGUUGAUGACAUCGAGACGGAUACAGAGCUUCUGAUUGGCUACCUGGACAGUGAUAUGGAGGAGGAAGAGGAGGACCUGGAGGAAGACCAGGACAUCAAAGAUGAAGAUGGGAACAGUAAAGAGAGCAAACACCUCAGUGCAGAAACAGAGCUGGUGAUUAAGAAGGAAGAUUACCCGUGUCUGCUGUGUGAGAGCAGCUUUCCCAGUGAAGAAGUGUUAGCUGAACAUCUUCAGAGUCUUCAUCAGAGAGGAAGUACAGAGGACAAAGAGUUCAAAUGUCACUCCUGCGGAAAAGAGUUUCCUGUCAAACAGGCCCUGCAGCGCCAUGUUCUUCACUGUAUAGAGAGCUCCGCUUCAUCAGGAGAUCCUUCAAAAACUCAUCAGUGUGUCCUGUGUCACAGCACCUUCUGUUCAGAGUCCAGUUUUGAGCAGCAUAAAGAGGUGUGUAAAGGAGACGGUCGAUUCAUCUGUAAGGCCGAGAGCUGUGGGAAAAGAUUCAGGAGUAAAGACGCCCUGAAGAAACACAAAGGCAACGUCCACACAGGCAGUGCUCGCAGGAAGUUGGUGUGCACCAUCUGUAAUAAGAAGUGCUCAUCCUCACUCAACCUGCAGGAGCACCGCAAGGUUCAUGAGAUAUUUGACUGUACUGACUGUGAUAAAAAGUUCAUCUCCACGAAUCAGUUGAAGCGACACAUGAUCACACACUCUGAAAAGCGUCCGUACACCUGUGACAUCUGCAGCCGAAGCUUUAAGCGUCUGGAUCAGGCCACUGCUCACAAGAUCAUCCACAGUGAGGAUAAACCGUACAAGUGUAAGCUGUGCUGGAAGGAGUUCGCCCACCGCAACGUCUACAAGAACCACAAAAAGACCCAUACAGGAGAGAAGGAGAAGAUCUGUCCGUACUGUGGCCAGAAGUUUGCCAGUAACGGCACACUGAGAGUGCACAUCCGCAGCCACACAGGUGAGCGGCCGUAUCAGUGCCCAUACUGUGACAAGGCCUUCAGCAAGAAUGACGGCCUUAAAAUGCACAUACGCACACACACCCGGGAAAAGCCGUAUAAAUGCAGCGAGUGCAACAAGGCCUUCAGUCAGAAGCGUGGCCUGGAUGAACACAUGCGCACACACACCGGAGAGAAGCCCUUCCAGUGCGACGUGUGUGACCUGUCCUUUAGUUUGAAGAAGAUGUUGAUCAGACACAAACUGACCCACAAUCCCAACAGACCCAUGGCUGAAUGCUCCCUGUGCCACAAGAAGUUCACCCGCAACGACUACCUCAAAGUCCACAUGGAGAACGUCCACGGAGAGACAGAGGGAUAGACACAAACAUAUUCACAUCCACUCAAGCCAUACAUAAAACCAUUACACAGAGAAUGCAUUCAUACACAGGGUAGAAACAACAGACAUUUUCAAAAGCAUUAGUGUCCUCUAAGUGGCCACGCUCAUUCCAAAGAUCUGCAUUAUCUACAUGUUCAGAACCGCUAUAUUUCCUUCGGACAUUUAACACUUUAUCACACAACUGAUCAGUCUGAUUAAAUGGUGUUUAAUCAUGGCUGCAGGUUCAGAUUCAAAUAGGAGGAAAGCAUGUGCAAUUGUACAGAGCAAAGUAUAGCCAUCAUAUUGAUCCAUUUCAUUUUUUCUGUUGAUGUUUGUCCUUUUGUAUGUCAAUAUCAGAUCGCAGAUGUUUUUCACAAAUGUUAAGAGAUGUUGCGUGACCAAAGAACAUGACGUGCCAAUGUUGAGAGUAAAGUUUGUUGUUUGCAUUUAACUUUAUUAUCCAAUAUUUAUCAUUUUAUAUUUUCAGCGUUCAGGUUCACAUGAGGUUUGUGUUUGAUUGCCAGAUUAACAUCUUGCGGUUCUAAGUUUGCAUUUCAUUUGGAUGAAUGAACGAUUGAAUCACUGAUAUCACUAAUCUGGUCAGUCUGUUGGUUUUUUUUUUCUUUUCGGUUAAAUAAACAUUUUUCCCGACCCUGCCCCGUCCAUCUGCGGGAGACAUGUUGCAGUGCUCUGUGGGAUACCGAAGACAGUGCUUCUGCCCUGAUCACAUUUGCUUUAGUUAAUUAUAAACAUUUGAUUCUUGGUAAAUGGUUGGUGUCGGAGGAAUCGGAUGUGCUUUGAUACUUGAUUAGACAUGCUCCGGUUAAUGAUUGUUCUCUAAAUCUGGUUACCAUUGGUUAUAGCAUAAUUAAAGCCUCCGUGUGGGUUUGGAUAGAAAAGUAAUUACUCAUUAAGUCAAGAGAUCCCGAGCCAAAUGCACAA